AUGUUUAUCGCCGUUGAGACCCGCAGUGACUCGAUAGGCGGAGCUAAUUUCAAGGGCCAAUUCGACGAAUAUCAAGUGCUUUCAGGCCUGGGACAACCGGAAAUCAUGGAUGGGCCAGAACCCAAGCCAAUACCGGCUUAUUACUGCUGUUAUCUCCUCCGGUCGACUGUCCGCCACGCCUCACUGUACAUCGGCUCGACGCCUAACCCGAUCAGACGACUCUCUCAGCACAACGGCGUCGCCAAAGGUGGGGCUAAGCGCACCGCCAGAGAUAAAUUACGCCCCUGGGAAAUGUCCCUGGUAGUCGAGGGAUUCAUGAGCAGAGUGGGCGCCCUUCAAUUCGAAUGGGCCUGGCAGCAUCCGGAAAAAUCACGGCACCUUGAACCGGACGAGCAGUCCCAAGCCAAGGUCAAUAUCGACCCGAAGACGGGCAAGCCCAAAGCCAAGCCACGUUCGCGGGCUAGGAGGUCCCUGACGGCCCAUUUGGAGGAUUUGCAUUCUCUACUUCGGUCGACGUGCUUCUCUUCGGGGCCAUUGCGGGUCCGGUUCUUCCGUGCCGAUGUAUAUCGCGUAUGGCGCGCUUGGAACGACCGUGUAGAUUCCAGGUUGCCUCCCAAUAUCAAGAUUAUCCUAGAUGGUGAUAACCUGGCAACGGUGCCCAACGCCAAGCAAACAACUGAGCUCGAACCUACCGGAUGCAUAAACAACUUGUCAGUCGAUUAUACUAGGUUGGAAGAUUACCUUGACAAGUCGAUGUUUAUGCUGGAGGACCCUGAAGAUCUACUGUGCACGGUCUGUAAAAAGCCGGUCGCUCCAACUACAGAGCAAAUAGUAGUAUGCCCACAUUUGGAAUGCCGCGGCACCAGUCAUCUCUUGUGUCUAUCUAGCCAUUUACUAGAUGCUACUGGGGAGCCAGAUCUCCUGGUACCAGCCCAGGGAAGUUGCCCACUAUGCAAAAACACUGUGCAGUGGUCAACGAUGAUGCGGGAGUUGAGCUUUCGCAACAGAGCCGAAAAGGAAGCCCGUGCAAUCCUGCGCAAGAGAGAGAAGCGUCUGCGCAAGGAGUCCACAUCGGAAACAAGAUCGGUGCCUCGGGCGACUUCGAUCGAGCCAAGGACACAGUUGGAAGAACCAGCUCAAGAUGAGCUUAGUUCAAAUUGGUUCGAGGAGCUUGACCUGGAAUCUGACUCUGACUUUGAAGGUCGACAGAAAAAUCACUCAACCCGCCCUCCGUCAAACCUCGAGAUCGUGAUCGAAGACAGCGAUUGGGAUGAUGCAGAGCUGGUGGAAUGA